AUGUCUCAAAGCAAAGGGCUCUUCGCCAUGUUUGGCGCUGUUGCAGCACCGCCAAAAACAAUAAAAAAAGCUGAAGACAUCAAAACUAAAGAAGAGUUAGCUAGAGAAGCAGCAUUUGAUGCAAAGAAUAAAAACGGCCAUUCUACGUUAAAGGACCUCAGUAGUGGAGGAACCGGCGGUGGAGCUUGGAAAACAGUUUCCAAACGAAGAGGUUUGGCUCUAAAAGCCAAGACGCUUGGAAAAACCGUUACCGUUUCAGAGAACAAGCACCAUAUCCCUGACGACGUAGAAGAUGUUACUAUGGGCGGUACUGGUAACAAGAAGAAGAAAAAGAGAUUCUCGCCUUAUGGUGUAAGUCGUCCUCAUAACAAAAUGGCAGCUACUCAACGACCGGGAGUUGACAAACGAGUUGAUAUAUUAGUCGCAGGCUUCGAGCCUGGUACUGAAGCUGGUGUCGUUCCCUUUUUAAUUCUAAAGUCCAAAAAAAAAUGGGAACCUGUCGAUGUUAAAGUCGAUGGACAGCAAAUGCUACUGACUGUUAAUGAUCCAGUCAUAGCUCGAAUUUUAGUUCGUUUGGACGGCUAUAUUUAUGGAACACAACAACUUCGCGUUCAGUUAUGGCAAAACUCAGCAUUACCCAUGACACCCAUGGUUGAACAAACCAAAACCAAAAAGUUAACUACGAUCGAUCAGCUUCGUAACUUCUUAUUGAGUCGUUGGAACGCAGACGCAAAGUAUUUGAAUUUGGAUAGAAUGGCAUCGGAUCCAAUUUUGAAAAAAGCGGGUAUUAAGCCUCCAGGAACAGCAGGCGCAACUGCAGUUGUCGGCCCAACCAUGAUGAAAUUAGCGGGAGAAAUGUUUGAGGAGGUGGUCACUAUAUCGUUUGCUGGCAACCAACUGAAAAACGUUCAACAAAUCUCUACCUUGGCUCAGUAUUUGCCCAACAUUCAGAAUCUUUCAUUCCAAGACAAUUUCAUUAAAGAGUUUGAAGGUUUAGAUGCAUUGAGUGGCACAGGCAAACUGAAGUGUCUCAGAGAAUUACUACUGGCUGGCAAUCCUGUUCGCGACCAUGAGAUCAAAAUGAGAGGCAAUGACAGAGGAUAUGUCAAGAAUAUUGUCAAACGUUUCCCUACACUUGUUUUAUUAGAUGGUAUUCCAGUCCAAUUGAGUGAGACGGAAGCAGCGGCUGUCCACAAAACUGGACGCGUCUUGCCUUUAGACAAUAAACCCAACUUCUUCGAUAAUGAGAUAAGUCAAAAUGCCACGAUAGAUUUUCUGUCAAAGUUCUUUCAGAAAUUCGAUUCGGAUCGGUCUUCAUUGGCAGUUUUAUACGAUACCAAUGCCGUUUUUUCUGUCAACUCGAAUGUCAAGUUACGUGCACAACAAAAAAUAAGGAGAAAGGAAAGAAAGAAAAUGAUGGAUGAUGAGGAAAGAUUAACAUGGAACAGCAUAAGUCGAAAUUUGAAAGGCAAAAGCAAAAGUAAGCGAAAGGCAAUCAGUUUACUCGCUGACCUUGUAGUUCUUACCGGUUUCUUUUUUCUGUUGUUGAUAGGACAAGAAGGCAAAUGUCUCUUCAUCGGACCCGAAAUCAUUGGUAGUACAUUAUGCAGAUUACCUCCAACUAUUCAUGAUCUGCAGAAAGUAGAUGAUUUCGUGGUGGAUGCCCACCAGACACCUGUAGGGCUGUCGAUCAGUUUGCAUGGCGAGUUUAUAGAAGAAGAAAAUACGCCACCCUUCUCUUACAGUCGUACAUUUCUGCUUCGUCCUGCUACGCCAGAUAGUCCUACAUUGGCUGCUGGAUGGCCAUAUAUCAUCAUGAGCGACAUGCUUAUCGUACGUGACUAUAUUGGUAAUCAAGGCUUCAAACCUCAAGUAGCUGUGCCUACUAGCAUUUUUACCUCAUACCCAACAAAUCUCUAA